CCCUGGGCCCCCGCUAAAAGCACCGCGAGAGCGCCCUACCCGGGCACAGCCACACGAUGGGGUCCCGGGCGCUGGUCUUGUUCCUCCUAGUCGGCCUCCUCGUCUUCGCCGCCUUCGAGGUCGCCGACGGGCAGCGAUGGAAGACAGAUCUGGGUCCGUGCUACCGUGACUGCACCGAGGACCCCUGGCCGAGGACAUGCCACUACGUGUUCACCGAGGAGGUGUACUCCGUGUUCACCCAGGCGUGCGGAAAUUGCUCGGCCGGCGACGAGGCGCAGUGCUACGAGAACGACUGCGUGUUCGCGGACGGCGUGGAGCGCACCGUGUACACCAUCAACCGGCAGCUGCCCGGUCCCGGCAUCCACGUGUGCCGCGGAGACACGAUCAUCGUGGACCUCAAGGUGCACCUCCCGGGCCACGCCGAGGCCAUCCACUGGCACGGGCUGCCGCAGGAGAAGACGCCGUGGUUCGACGGCGUGGCGCUCGUCACGCAGUGCCCCGUCAUCUACGGCAGCACCUUCCGCUACGAGUUCCUGGCCGAGCCCGCCGGCACCUACUUCUGGCACUCGCACUCUGGCCUGCACAAGGUGAACGGCGUGGUGGGCACCCUCAUCAUCCGGGAGUCGCUGGAGGACAACCCGACCUGCGACCGGUACGACGUUGACGUCUCCGAGCACGUCAUCAUCCUCCAGGACUGGAUGCACGUCCCCGCCGAGUUCGUCUUCCCGGGGCUCGCCACCCGCCUCACGGGCCAGCCCGCCGACUGUAUCCUCAUCAACGGCCAGGGCACCUACACGCGCCCCUCCACCGGCAACACGACCCUCACGCCGUACGCCACCUUCGAGAUCGAGUCCGGCCUUCGCUACCGCUUCCGCAUCAUCAACGCCGGGUCACUGAGCUGCCCCAUCCAGAUCCAGUUCGAGGGGCACACCAUGAACAUCAUCUCGGCCGACGGCCUCGACAUCGUCCCGCAGGAGGCCAACUCGCUCGUCACCUUCUCGGGCGAGCGCUGGGACGCGGUGAUCACGGGGAAGUCCCGGCCGCGGGCCGCCGGCGUCUACUGGAUCUACGUGCGCACCGUCGGCUUCUGCCAGAACUCGGGCUUCUCGGAGCAGCGCGCGCUGCUGAUCUACAAGGGCGCCAAGGCCAGGCUGCCGCCCACCGCCCCGCCGGCCGUCAGGAAGCACGUCCAGCUGCCCAACGGCACGGUGGUCAACCCCCCGGGAGACUGCGACGAGCCCGGCAAGGUGUGCGCCGCGGAGCUGAGCGCCGCCAACCCGCCCGAGACGUACUCGACGCAGCCGAGGACCAAGGCGCAGAAGCUCAUCUUCUUCCGGCUCAAGUUCAACCUGCUGCCGCUGCCCGAGCUGUUCGACGGCAACGACAACGACUACGAGAAGUUCAUAUCCUUCGGUCGGGUGAACCUGGCCGCCUCCCUCAACGGCAUCGCGUACUCGGAUCCCAGCGCGCCGUUCCUGACGCAGCCGGGCAAGUCCAGCUACUGCAGCGAGGGCCGGCUCCCGAUGCGCUGCAAGAAUGAGACGGUGUGCGACUGCCCGCACCUCGUCAAGGUGGCCUACGGCAGGACCAUCGACGUCAUCGUGGUGGACGACACCGACAUCACCCCCGAGGACGACACCGACACGCUGUUGGGACACCCGAUGCACCUGCACGGUACCUCCUUCUCCUGCAUGGGCAUGGGCACGCUGCGCAACAUCACCAGCGGCGCGGCGCGCUCCCGGGCGGUGCGCGAGCUCUACAACCGCAGGGCGCUGCCCACCUACGUCCCGCAGCCCGUCCUCAAGGACGUGCUCGUGCUCCCCGGCGGCGGCUGGAUCUGGUUCCGGUUCAAGGCCACCAACAGGGGCGCGUGGUUCUUCCACUGCCACUUCCAGUACCACAUGGCCAGCGGCAUGGAGGCGGUCAUCCAGGUCGGCGAGAGCAGAGCGCUCCCGAAGCCGCCCGCAAACUUCCCGCAAUGCGGCGACUUCUACGGUUAGGGAAAAUUCAGCACACAGUGGGGUUCUCUCUCUCUCUCCUCCUCCAGGAAGCUAUUUUUAUUGUUAAUAUUUAAAUCCGUAACUUCCGGCAAUUGCAACUGGAGAUUCUUACACAGUAAGACAUAAACCACAGACAUUGAAGAAUAA